GAGGGAUCGAAAGAAAAAUAUGGUUCGCCUAUCGAGCGAUCUUUUAUCGGAAGUAAUUAGGGGAACGUCGUUAAAUUACUUAAUAGAAGGAAAGUAUAGGGGGGAAGAAAGAAAGGAAGAAGAAUAUAGUAGAAAUCGGGGUAAAAGUUUGAUAGGGCAGACAUGCGCGAAACGGUUCGACGGGUAAAUCGACCCGCGAAAAGACGGUCCAAUCAGCGGCUCCGAACGAGUCGGUUGGUAGCAGACGAGCUUCGGCUCCGAACGGUGUAUGCGCCAUACGUCGCUCGCGUCUCGGUCAACUUCAGUAAUCUGCAGGAUGCCGCCGUGAUCGUACGGGAUCCGUUCGAUCGGCCAACUGCGUGUCACAUGUGUCGCGAAUCGGUGCAUCGAAUAGACGUACGAAGCUCGUCGCGUAUCGAUUCGACAGCCGUUCGUUUGUCCAACAGCGAGUCGAGACCCGCUGGAUCCAGAGGAAUCGAACAGAUUCGCUGGAGAUAGAUGCAUCCUUGAAUCCUGACCUAAGGGCUACGUAUGUCCGCUCCAAUUCGCUAUGAGUACAGGAAGAAAAUCGUGUAUCGGGAGAAGAUGACCCCGCGACGGCACGUGUUCGCGGCGAUACGACGAACACUGUUGGCCGCUGGUAUCCUGACGUUGCUGGUGUUGGCUUUGUCGAACCAGGAUACCAGCAACAACACGCAACAAUUGUUGGAGGAGGACUCGAACCUGACACCGGAGGAAAGAUUAAUGGAGGAAGCGACUAACGUCGAAACGGAGAAACGAUUGAACGCUAGGAGGAUGUUCCUCGCGGAGAAAUGUGCCGAGGAGGGAUUAGAUCGACCUGGAAACGACUCUCUUCAUAGGCCUAACGCUUGGGAGUUCCUUGUAAAUAGAGAGUACCAUUUGAUAUGGUGUAACGUGUUCAAAGCGGCAUCUACGUCCUGGAUGUACAAUUUCAAUCUCCUCGCUGGGUAUAGCCCGCAAUUUCUGAAGGCCUCGAAAGCUGUACCAGUUUCUUUGGCGAGGCAGAAAUACCCCCGACAUACAGCGGAAGAACUGAACAGGUUCUUAAACGACAGUAUCAGCUUCCUAAUCGUUAGACACCCGUUCGAACGACUGCUCAGCGCCUACAGAGACAAAUUGGAGCAUAGCUUACCGCAUACGUUCCACAGCAAUCUCGGAGCUCAUAUCGUGUGGCAUUACAGAUCCAGGGAUUCAAAAACAAACGGACGACGCGGUCCAAGGUAUCCGCUGUUCGAGGAGUUUGUACGAUGGCUGUUGUGUCAAUGGAAAGCUGGCAACGAGCUGGACAUGCAUUGGACACCGGUUGUCAACUUUUGUACGCCGUGUCAAGUGAGAUUCGACGUGAUCGCAAAGUUCGAAACGCUUCAUGAAGAUCAAGAUUAUCUCAUAAAGCAAGCACGCGUAGGCCACAUCGUUAAACCCGAAUGGAAGAAUCCAACCAGAGGUGUCCAAACGAAGGACGUGAUAAAGAACUACUUUACUCAAUUGUCGAAAUCACAAAUCAAACAUCUGUACGAGAUGUUCAGGUACGACUUUGUGCUUUUCGGUUAUUCUCCCGACGAUUACAUCGCGCUUGGCACGGACGAAGAUACCGCAUUGAUAUGCAAAAAAUAGUACCAAAACUUCCUCUCCUUAUACAAUUAUCUACACUCGUAUAGCGAGCGUGUACGACGCUCGAAUUUCACGAUUUAGUCCGAACGCGUUACAAGAUAUGCUCUUUGCAUCGCGUCGAUUACAACGAAAAUGUUACAUAGGGCCACGAUCGAUCAAAGUACGCUUUUCAAUCGUUCAGGUUGACAGUGUAUACGAACACGCUGGUGCAUUGAAAUUUUUUAUAAACGAAAUACCGGUCUAAUCGAUCGUUAGGGCCUAACGAAACUUCGAUAAACUAUUUGUAAAUUGUUAUAAACCAUUUUAAAUUAGCAAUAUCUAAGUUAGUUAAGUUAGAGAGAUACUUAAGCCGAUCAAUUUCCUAACUUACGUAGGUAGGAAUUAUGCUCGCUGCUCAAUCCUUAAAUAUCGAAUUAUCUUUGUCUAAUUUCUUUUCGUUCGAUCAAUUCCUCUAUCAAAGAGUCUCGUGUACUCCUCGUAUGCUUAUUCUUCUUAUUAUUAUUCUUAUUCUUGUUCGCGAGCAUGCUCAAUGGAUUUCUAUACUUUCUCUGUAGAUUUCUUUCGCGUAUGCAUUCUGUUAUUGAUUAUUAAUUCUCUGAUUUAUUCAUAUUUUAGAAGAUGCCUUUACAUUUCCCUCAAUUUUACAUGUAUAUAUUCGUAUCUGUAUAUAAAUAUAAAUACGUUGAUAGAAAUUAUA